AUGAGCAAAGAAAAGAUAGUCAUGAGUAGCAGUGCUACGCCCCUAGGCCUCAAUGACCUAUUCAGCGUCAAGGGCAAAGUCGUUCUUGUUACUGGAGGUGGAACUGGUAUCGGCAAAAUGCUCGCAGCUGGCCUCGUAGCUAACGGAGCAAAAGUCUAUAUCGCAUCACGAAAACAACAAGUCGUAGAUGAAACUGCUGCUGAACUCAACAAAUACUAUGCCAAACAAGGAGGUGUCUGCUUACCCCUGACUGCAAACCUGAACUCCAAAGCUGGUUGCGAUGAACUCGCAAACAAGAUCAAACAACGAGAAACAAAACUUGAUGCGCUGUUCAACAACUCUGGCAUUACAUGGGGUGCACCUAUGCUCGACUUCCCAGAAAAGGAAGGAUGGGAUCAAUUAUAUGCUGUCAAUGUAAAAGGCCCAUUCUUCUUGACCACCGCAUUACUUCCAUUACUGGAAAAGGCUUCCAACGGCAACUAUGAGCCAGCAACCGUAGUCAACGUGUCCAGCAUAGGCGGUAUCAUUGCAUCAUCGGCAGAAGGACGAGACGACGAUAGUGGUAUUGCAAAGGCUGGAAGUGGAACACCAUCGUAUGCAUCAUCCAAAGCCGCCGUAAACCACCUUACACGCACCUUGGCUACAUCGCUGGCUUCAAGAUAUGUCCGAGUCAAUUGCAUCGCUCCAGGCGCAUUCCCUUCCCGAAUGAUGGCCUUCGGAUUGUCAAAACCCGGUGCCAAGCAAGCCAUGGAUUCUUCGGUCCCACUAGGCCGUAUUGGCGAAACAGAAGAUAUGGCAGGACUGGCUGUCUUCUUGGCGUCAAGAGCAUCAGCUCACAUUACAGGCGCGGUAUUUACAAUUGAUGGCGGUUCGUCCAUAAUACCUUCUGGGCAGUCAAGGAUUUAA